AUGCGUCUCUCACACGCGACUCUCCUCGCGACAGUCGGCCUGGCCUCUGCAGCGCCCAAGCCUGCCCACCAGGCUCGUCUCUGGGCUACGCACUACAAUGGCAAUGUUUACACAUUGGCUUUGGAUGGCGAGAACCUUUCACUUACCGAUACGAUGAAGACGUGCGGUAAAAUGCCUAGCUGGUUGACUUUCGACUCGAAGGCCCGCGUGCUGUACUGUUCCGAUGAAGACGGCACCGCCGAUCCCUCAACCCACGGCACCUUGACAGCAUAUGACGCCGCGCCGGACGGCAAGCUGCACGAAAUCGCAACUACCAAAACCAUUGGCGGUGGUGUCAACUCCGUCAUCUAUGAGAAUGACGAUGGAGGGAAAUAUCUCGCUAUUGCGCACUACGAGGGCUCCGCCGUCUCAACCUUUGACCUUCCCCUCAAGGCCAAUGCCCCAGCGAAACAAGCCUUCCACUUCCACAUGGAUCACCCCGGCGCCGUAGCCCAACAAGACUCCCCACACCCGCACGAAGUCUUCCUCGACCCAACAGGCUCCUUCCUCGUCUCCCCAGAUCUAGGCGCCGACCUACUACGCAUUUACUCCAUCUCUGCCUCCGACGGUCAGUUGAACGAAUGUCCCGCCGUAAACGUGACAUUCGGCAGCGGACCCCGCCACGGCGUCUUCUGGACAGAUGGUACAGGCAAUACCACUCAGUCUACACAGUCUGGAGCAAUCACCCACCAACGCCAGGCCGCGUCUGUUGGUAAGACGAUGAUGUAUCUUGUUAAUGAGAUCGGGGGCACGAUGAUGACCUUUGAUGUUGCGUACGACCGGUCUGGAUGUCUUGAUCUCCAGAAGACUCAGACGAUCGUGCCGUAUACUGGGGGUAAGAUGCCGCAGGGCGCGACGCCGGCUGAGAUCCGCAUGGUGGGCGAUACAUUCUACGUUUCUAUUCGCAGUGAUCAGGGGUUCAAACCCAGUGAUUCGAUGGUCACGCUGGACCGGUCGCCGAAGAAUGGGACUGUGAGUCUGCGCAAUAAAACAGAUGCGUAUGGAAAGGUGCCGCGGACGUUUGCUAUUAACAAAGCCGGAGAUCUGGUUGCCAUCGGGAACCAGGCGUCAGCAAAUGUGGUCAUUGUGCGCAGGAAUCGACUGACCGGGGAUCUCGGCGAGAAGGUUGCUAUGUUGCAGGUCGGGGAGACUGGAACGGUUGGCUCGGCGGAGGGGCUGAGCAGUGUUGUCUGGGAGGAGUGA